CUGACAGUGUUGCAUCGCUCUCAUAUAACACACAGCGAAAAGCGCUCCAGACAAACAUUACAGUAUGUAUGAUUGGACUUAUUUCAGAGGAAUAUGGGUUUGCCUCCUUUAAAAAAAGUUUUUCUUAACUUCUUGAAUUUGUCGUUUUUUUCACUAUCCCUUCCAGGGAUCUAUAAAACCAAGACAAAAUAAGCAAAAAAGGAUUGUUAAGUUUUUUGGAUGCAUUGCAAUGACAAGACAACAUGCUGUCACCGACAUCAGAGGAACUUCUCACCAGCCUUUUUUGGUCUUUGGAGACAUAGGAGACAGACAUACAUGAACCACUCAUGGUGUUUGGAGGAUCUGGACACUUACCAGUGAUACAUGAAAGCUGUGAAACAUGUCAGCGGGAGAUUUACGUUUGCUUGGAAUGAACAAAAACGAGAGGGUGUGACAUAGAGACCAAAUUGUUAUUCAUUUGACUUUAAAAAUGCUAUUAAGAAAUGACGUUUUUUACUCUUAAUACAUGAAAAAUCGAUUUAACCUUUGUGUAUGUCUUUGCUUAUGAAGAUGGAUUUUAACUUGAGUAGCAUAGUGUUCUACACGGUCAACAGCACUGUGACCCCCUUUCUCAACAAUACAGGACCCUACCAUCCUGCAGCGGGACCCUGGAGUUUACUAUUGACGGUGAUCAUCAUCAUGAUCAUCGUGGUGGGCAACCUGCUGGUCAUCAUAGCUAUAGCACGCACAUCCCAGUUACAGACUAUGACUAACAUCUUCAUCAUGUCCCUGGCCUGUGCUGACCUCAUCAUGGGGGUCCUGGUGGUCCCUCUGGGGGCCACCAUCGUGGUGACGGGGAACUGGCAGCUGAGUGACACCUCCUGCGAGCUCUGGACCUCCGUAGAUGUGCUCUGUGUCACCGCCAGCAUCGAGACUCUUUGCGUGAUUGCAGUGGACCGCUAUAUUGCCAUUACAAGGCCCCUCAGGCACAAGGUUCUGCUCAAUAAGUGGCGCGCCCGACUAAUAGUGUGUGUGGUGUGGAUUGUGUCUGCUCUGAUCUCUUUUGUGCCCAUCAUGAACCAGCUUUGGCGGGCAGAAGAUGACCUGGAGGCAUUGGUAUGCUAUCAGGACCCUGCCUGCUGUGACUUUGUGACCAACAGGACUUUUGCCAUUAUAUCUUCUGUAGUGUCAUUCUACAUCCCUUUGCUCAUAAUGAUAUUUGUCUAUGCCAAAGUCUUCCUCAUAGCCACACGACAGGUACAGCUCAUAGACAAGACCCGGCUCCGCUUCCAGAGUGAGUGCCCAGCGCCGCCGCCGACACAGCUGAGCCACCACAGUUGCAACAUUUUGCCCUUGGGCUAUGGCGGCAGCAGCAGCUGCACCAGCUCAGCUCGCAAGAGGAGCUCAAGGCGAAGGCCCUCACGGCUAACGGUUGUCAAGGAGCACAAGGCCCUCAAGACCUUGGGCAUUAUCAUGGGCACCUUCACCCUCUGCUGGCUGCCUUUCUUUGUGGCUAACAUCAUUAACGUGUUUGACAGGAAUGUGCCCCCAGGAGAGAUCUUCCGCCUGCUCAACUGGCUGGGCUACAUCAACUCUGGCCUCAACCCCAUCAUCUACUGCAGGAGCCCUGAGUUCCGCACUGCUUUCAAGAACCUGCUGGGCUGCCCCUGGUUUUCCACCCCACGAUUAAACACCUUCUACAAGGAGAUGCGGACACGAUGCCCCUGUUUCCUGGGUUCGCUUGAGGCAGGGGCGGCCGGCUCUUUCCAGAAGCCCCCUGCUGCUGCCAUGCCUGAGGGGGACGAGAGCCUGGCCAGCAGUCAGAGCAGCGACAAGAGUGAGGAGCCUUCCCCAGGACCCCCACACUCCAACGGAAACACACAGUUCAGUGAAUUCUCCAAACCAGAAAAUGAAUUCUUCCAGUUGUUUGGUAUGGCAACUACAUCAGGCAAGAAAUAGCUUUUGGAGAGUAUCCACCAAGAGGAGAGGCAGUGGAAAUAUGUCCAUCUGUGGCCCAGCCUAAUAUACUGAGUGACUCAGAGCACUUGCCACAAUUGGCUUAUUACUCCAAAUAACUGAGUAAACAUUUAUACACACAUUAGAUGACACCAGCACUAUUUUCAACAGACAUUGGUGAUGUCAUGGCUUGAGUCCUAAAUAUCGAGCUACAUGCUGAGUUUGUAAUGCCACCCAGCUAUGUGUAAAAUCGAAAUCCCUUCUCCUGGAGAGUGGAACGCAACGCUGUCUUAAUAUGAAUAAACAGAAACAUUGUACUCUGUUGUGCAUAAUUUGUCAGUUAAACAGCAUUUGUCAGUUAAACAGUUUUAUCACCGGUAUCAACGGUAAAAGGUCCAGUCAAUAUUUAGAAAGGCUAGUCAUUACAGUUCAUCUAUGCAUCUAUUUCUCAUAAUGGUAUCAAUGAAAUACACUGUACAUACUUUUCAGUUAUAGGCAUGCAGGAUGGCCACAGAAAAUAUGCUCAGCAAUUAAGUUAUAUUGGUAAAACUAAUGAAACAGAAAUGUAUCUGUUGACAGAUGAAUACAAGCCUUUUCAUUCUGGCACAAAUAAAUCACAUUGUACAAUCUUUAACACAAUGGUCACUUUUUCAGAUUACAGCAGGUGACAAGAAUUGUAUAUAUAAAAAAUGGUAAGGAUUCUAUACAAUUAACAUCUGCAACAUGAAUACCAGCAGCAGUGACAUACCCAGGAAUUUACCUGAACUGGCAGACAUGUAUGGAAGCUUAUAUACAUUAUUUCAAAGCUACCCAUUUAGAGUUUAAUCCUUUGAGGUAAAGCUAUGGUACUGUGCAUUUUUUAAAAUCACUAAAUGUUUUGAUGCCGGUCUAAGAGAGGCCAUUGCAGUAGAGCUCUUUUCAUGUACACUUGACCAUGACAGUCCUUUUAAAUAUGUGAGCACUGCCACCAACUGAGCACCACAUGCUAAAGUAUUUUGUUGGAUUAGGAAGAGAUAUUACCUCAGAGAGCAUGAAAUGAGGAACAGGAUCAGAGAGACAUUGUAAUGACACUCUUCGACACUCAUUGUCAAUGAGAGCUGAGUAUCUGAUUAAAUCCUACAGCAUCAUAGAGUAGGCCUAAAUGGUGUGGUUUGGGAGUUGAGUAAGUAGUUUAGUAUGGGAUGCGUCUGAAAAUGGUGGGAGGAGGUUGAAGUCAACGUUUUACUGCACUGUCUACAGCUGAAUAAAGCUUAAAAAAUUGGCAGGUAACUUAAAUCAACUUCAUCUCAUUGAUUGUUUCUUUCCAACUUACUGUACUGUUGAUAGUAAUGCCCGGAGGCCUGGAGAGAAAAAUCUACGUGUUGGAAGGUUCUUAAUGGUGAGGAACCAUGUGCUCCAGGUGGUUCUUAAGAAACUGCAAACAACUUGAUUGAAAUAUUUUAGCACCAUCAAUCAUAGAAAUCAACAUAUUUGGCACUUCCACUGUAGUGGACAGGAUUACAAAAUAAACCCUUUGCCCCAAACCUGCCAGGGGCAAGACCUCAAUUGCUGACCACCUUCGCCUGUUGACGGGUACUGUAAAAGAAAAUACACUUAACUCAAAUGAUGGAUGUCUCUGCCUGAAACUUUGGGAUGAAGCGAAAGCCAAAUUUGAACUAGGCUUUCAACUACACAGGCAAUUAUUUCCCUCAGAGGACCAAGUGAAAGUACAGUACUUGCUUUAUAAGGGCUAAGGGUACUUGAGUCGUAUUUCAUAAAUUGUUUUCAUUUUUCUGUAGAUUUCUCCAGCAAAGCAAUGGUGGGCAUUGUUUAUAUUUUCCUGUGUAGACAUGUACUGUAAGAUUGAUAGGAUCAGAAUCUCUGGCAUUUUGAAAAAAGGAUUGGUUGGGUAUGUUUGGGGGAAAGAGAAACCUAGAGUACACACUACCAUGAAGUGAUUGAUGGGGAUAGGAUGGGCAUUAAUCAAUCAGGAGAGAUAUGUUCAAAAGCUCAAAAUCAAAUAAGCAGUAAAACGAACUGCUAUUUUUUCCCAGUAUGAAGUGAACGCAAAUCCCACAAUGUUCAAUACAUUUAUGUAGGCUACACAUUUCAACCUCCUCCCACCAUGUCAGAGUAACCUCUCACAAAGGGCAUUUGCCAAGUCAAACAAACACAUAAUCUCCUGAUGAGACAGUUAGUUGGCCUUCAUGUCUGGAUGCUUUAACAGUAAAGGAACAUGUGCUUGGGAUUGAAUGGGAGGAUGGGAUGAACAACAAGUCUGAUCUGGCAAAGUAAAUGUAAAUGACAAGUGACACGAUCAAAUAAGAUGGUUGGAUCAAUUUUAGGGUUGGAUCUCAAUGCUUUGAAUUCCAUUCCAUCAUUUUGUAAAAAUAAUAUUUUCCAAAGAAGUGAUGUCUUGAAUAUACAGUAUCAAUGCAAAGAUCUCUUCAUCUUCUCCAAGGCUGGGAAAACAAAACACAUUUUAUUAUUUUAGGGGAUAAGUAUAGAUCAGUCAUAUUCACACGAAUCUUUGAAAUUCAAUUUAUUUUGUAAUGUGUUUUUGGAGGUAGAGUCGAUAUUUCACCAUUACUUACAAUAACCACUUUCUGCUGGCUCUGAAUUUCUCUUUAUUAUAACCAUUACAGUAAAAUGUGCUUAGUAUAUUUUGGCUAAUAGGGCAUCAACAUUCCUCAAAGGUAAUUAUCUUGCAAACCAAAAUGACAUUCUUAAUACUCAUAGGCUUUAACAAAGUCUGGAAUAUGACAGUGUCAGAGAAUAUGAAGUAUGACAGGAAUAUGACUCAAUACAGUAAGCUCAAAAACGAAUUUCUCCAUGUUAACUCAGUUUC